CUGUUGUUCCAGUCCGGCUAAUCGAGUGCUGCUCUGUAGCUCUGGGAGCCUACCCCCAAUGCCCCGAAAGAGCCGCUUCUUUAUCUGUAACUGAAUCUGCACCCAUUAAACAUGAGGCGGUGUAGUUGAAAAAAAAAAACAUAUUGGGUUGACCUUGUGUUUCUUCGGGCUGAUUAUACUUUUUAUGCAUUCUUUUUACAAUCUGGAUGGCAAGAUCACACGGAGAGCGUUAUCUAUUUUAUUCGAAAUCAGCGUCCCGUUCUGCCCGUUUUUCUGAGCUAUGGUAGCCAGCUAGCUACUUCUGUCGCUUGAAGCUAACCAGUUGGUUUACCAGUUUUUAAUUAUUCGUGUUCUUCGGAACUAGCCAGAAUCAGAUGCCAGAAUCUACCGGAGAGCCAACGUUAUCCAGCCGCUGGAUUAAGAGAGGCUGAAACAUUUGUUAGCUGGCUAGCUAACGUUGGAAGCUAGUCGAAGCGUGGAGACGCAAUAUUUAUAGCUGCUAGCUAGCUGUCAAAUUUAACUACACCCUGUGGUGUUUGUGUGUCAACAUCUGGAGACGGAAAAAAUUCUGAUGGCAAACGAGCCGAUCAUAUUGAACGUGUAUGAUAUGUACUGGAUCAAUGAGUUCACCAGCUCUCUGGGCAUCGGAGUCUUUCACUCUGGGAUCGAAGUCUACGGCAGAGAGUUUGCCUAUGGAGGACAUCCGUACCCAUUCUCAGGGAUCUUCGAGAUCACACCGGGCGACGCCACAGAGCUCGGGGAGACUUUCAAAUUCAAAGAGUCCAUUGUGCUGGGCAGCACAGAUUUCACAGAAGAGGAUGUGGAGCGUAUUGUAGAGGAGAUGGGAAAGGAAUACAAAGGGAACGCCUACCACCUCAUGCACAAAAACUGCAACCACUUCUCCUCUGCUCUCUCAGAGAUCCUGUGCGGGAGGGAGAUCCCGCGCUGGGUGAACCGGCUGGCCUACUUCAGCUCCUGCGUGCCCUUCCUGCAGAGCUGCCUGCCCAAGGAGUGGCUCACCCCGGCCGCCCUGCAGUCCAGCGUCAGCCAGGAGCUCCAGAGCGAGCUGGAGGAGGCCGAGGAUGCUGCUGCCUCCGCCUCCCUGCCUUCCUGCUCCGCCUCGCCACUGCCCAGGGCCAAGCGGCAGUCGCGCAGAUAGGCCCCACCCCUGCCCGCUGAUUGGACUUGCUGCACUCUCCUGUAACGACUGGCCGGCCACCUCUGGCAAUAGACCCCGCCCGGUUGUGCCAGCCAGCUGCAAUAAGCCCCUUCACUCAGACUGAAUGUUCCGGUCUGCGUGUGGCCUCAGUGCUGGAGCGAUGGGCUCCCAGGACCCUACUUUUAUAAAAAUGUAAAUCUGAAACUGUUUCUUUUUAAUAUUGUUGUUUUUAUUAUUCUUUCUUGGCCUUUUUUUCCCCUUGUACAUACUCAGGAUACGUAGUCCAGUUUUAACUCCUGUUUACUGACAGUGUUUUGCCUUGUUUGUACACUUUGUGUAGUUUUUUUGUUUGUUUUUUUUUUCUAAUGCAUUAGUCAUUUGAUAGCUUUUUCAAUGAUGCACAUGGUGCAUUUUAAAACUUUCCUAAAAAGUAAAUGAGGUUUUGUUUACAGCCUGCACGUGCGUGCGUGAAUGUGCUUAUGCUUAUGCUUGUCCGUGUGCGUGUGUAUGUAUGUGUGUGUAUGUGUGUGUGUGCGUGUGCGUGCGUGUGUGCCUACAUGCGAGUGUGUGUGUAUGCAUGUGUGUGUGGGAUAAUAACCGAAAAGCUGCCAUCAGGGAUGGACACUGCCACCCUUUUCUUAGAACUCACAGCUGAUGUCCCCCACUUUGGUGGUUGUGUCUGUGAUUGACAGCUGUCCCUGGAGCAUUGCACUGUGCCCUGAGGUUUACCUGCCUCACUGCUGUGGGCUGUGCGCUGUGGCAACGGUAGAGCGAGUCAUCACACAACCAAAAAUGGCCAUGCUGCCAUAAGCUCUCAGUGCUUCACCGAUUUAAACCAAUUAAUUUGUUCUGCUGUGAACGUCAAACUCUUUUGAUUGGUCUAAGUCAGUGAUUGACAGCUGACUGUAGCUCCUUGUUAUGUGGUCUCCCGUCUCUGUCGCGCACUUUCUGAGGUUUACCUGUCAUGUCUGACUGCGCUGACCAGUCAGAUCCAUGGUACACUUAAGGACUGACUCCAGACAUUUUACACCAUAGGUUUUAGUCUCCUGUGUAGCGGAAACCUGUUUGUACCCUGUUUUAAAAUGAUUAAAUUAAAUAUUGAACAUGUAA